AUAUGUUUUAAGUUGUCCUGGCUGCUGCUGAGGACUGCAGGGAGAGUGUGUUGCCAGUGUGUGAUUACAGUUAUAAAAAGCUGCAGACGUUUGUUGCUUGAUGUAAGAAGAAGCCGUGUAGGAGAAGUGUUUGCACUGAGUAUGUCUCUUAGGGAUCCUCCAUAUGAUCCACCAUCGGUCUCAGAGCUGCAGGAGUUCCUGCAGGCGAACAGAAGACCGACCGGACAUGUCAACGAAGUCUGGCCAAACCUUUACAUAGGCAACGAGGCUGCAGCUCGUGACAAAGGCGCUCUCCACAGCCUGGGCAUUACACACAUUGUAAAUGCUGCCCAUGGACCCCUCAACUCCAGGUCUGGACARGGUUUCCAUGUCAGCACCGGCCCUCGUUUCUACAGAGACAUGACGUUGGAUUAUUAUGGGGUGGAGGCUGACGAUGCGACAGAUUUCAUCCUCAGCCCUUUUUUUUAUCCGACAGCACGUUACAUCAGAGCUGCACUGGCCAUGGGAGGACGGGUGUUUGUUCACUGUCUGAUGGGCGUGAGCCGCUCUGCAACCUUGGUUCUGGCCUUCCUGAUGAUCGUCGAAGGCCUGAGGCUGCAGGAGGCGGCGGCUGCCGUCAGACGGCACAGAGACGUCUGUCCCAACCCCGGCUUCCUGCAGCAGCUUCGCAGCCUCGACAUGAGCCUGGAGAGGGAGCGGAGGAGAAAGAGACAGGCCCAGGCACUAGAGCAUUUAGGUGAGCAGGGGGAAACACCAUCCCUGACAGAGCUGAGGGAAAUUCUCUGGACAAACAGGAAGCCUGUGGCACCUGUCAAUCAAGUCUGGCCCAACCUUUACGUUGGAGAUGAGUCUGUUGCACGAGACAAAGCCACUCUCUCAUCUCUGGGUGUGACUCACGUGCUGAACGCUGCAGCAGGUCGACGCCGGAUCAACACGGGUCAGCAGUUCUACUCUGACACGCAAAUCGUAUACCACGGUGUAGAAGCUGCAGACCAUCCCGAGUUCAAUCUUCAGCUUUUUUUCAGCUCUGCUGCACAGUUUAUAGACAGCGCUCUGGAGACAAAUGGAAAGGUGCUGGUUCACUGCGCCAUGGGGGUGAGCCGCUCUGGAGCGUUGGUUUUGGCCUUCCUGAUGCUCUGCCAGGGCCUGUCGUUAGCGGAGGCCAUCACUGCGGUGCGUCUGAACCGAGACAUCGGACCGAACUCUGGAUUUCUGGAGCAGCUCAGACAGCUGGAGCUGAGCCUCCAGCGGAGCAAAUGAGUCCGAGAGAAUGU